AUGGACGGAGUCUUCGCUUUCGUCCUGAGAUCCAUCACGGCGGCCGUCUGGGUGGCCGCCGUGGGCUCGGUGCUGUACUUUAUCAAGCUUCUGAGGAAACAUCGGGGGAAAAUGGCCGAGCUGAGGAAACAGGGACUGCCCAUUGUGCCUCACAGCUUCCUCUUCGGCAACCUCCUCGAGGCCAAAAAAAGUUUUGACAGCUUGCCGCCCGGUGUGCACGCGAACUACGUUCUCGCGCGGCUGGGCGAGCUCUUUGGUGAGAAUGGCGCAUUCUACCUCGACACCUGGCCGAUGGCCGACCCGAUGCUGGUGGUCCUGGAUCCGGAGAUGGCCCACCAGACCGUCUACCACCCGGUAACGGGCUUACAGAAACCUCCCAUGCUUGUCGGCUGGUUCCAUCCCAUCACGGGCGGGCCCAGCCAGUUCGACACAAACGGCCGGCUGUGGAAGGACCUCCACGCCCUCUUCAACCCCAGCUUCAGCAACCAGAACAUCACCGCCGCCGUGCCCAUCAUCCUCGGCAACAUCGCCACCUUUACCGAGCGGUUACGCGCCAGGGUCUCCGAGGCCGAGGGUGAGGCCAAUGGGCGAAAGAGCGGCAGCGAAAACGGCAUGUUCAGGCUGGAACCCCUGAUGCUGGACCUCAUCACCGAUGUCAUCGGCGAGGUCCUCCUCAACAUGCGCCUCGACACCCAGAAGCGCCAACACCCGCUCGCCGAGGCGAUGAAGGGCCAGCUCCGCCUGAAAUUCACCUCCCACAAGCCCGAGAACCUCCUGGCCCCCAUCGAUCCCUUCCUCCUCUUCCGCACCUGGAACGGAGGGCGCGUGCUCGACAACCACAUCAAGCGUCAGAUCAACGCGCGCUUCCGCACCCUGCUGCAGAACAGGGCGCACAACCGCGACAAAGCCGAGAGGUUCCAAUCGGUCCUCGACAGCGCCCUCGAGAGCUGGCUCGCGCAGCCGGGCAAUGCCGGGCGUACGGAGCUGGACGCCGAGUACCUCGCCGUCAUGACGCGCAACAUGCGCAUGUUCUUCUUCGCGGGGUACGACUCGUCCGCCGCCACAAUCGUCUACUGCCUGCACAACAUCUUCUCGCGGCCCUCCAUCCUCGCCAGAGUCCGCGCCGAGCACGACUCCGUCCUCGGCACCGACGCCUCCGCCGCACCGGCCAGAAUCACCGAGAACCCGGCCCUGCUCAACGCCCUCCCCUUGACAAACGCCUGCAUCAAGGAGUCCCUGCGCCUCUUCCCGCCUGCAGGCGGCAUUCGUCAGGGCUGCGCGGACUUGAUCCUAAAAGACGCCGCGGGCAACGCCUACCCGACGGACGGCAUCGCCGUCAACAUGCUGCACUGGGCCAUCGGGCGCAACCCGCGGUACUGGCCUCGCCCGGAUGAAUACCUCCCCGAGCGGUGGCUCGUGACGGACCCGGAGCAUGAGCUGUACCCGCCCAAGGGCGGCUGGCGCAUCUUCGAGUACGGGCCGCGACUGUGCGUCGGGCAGCAGCUCGUCAUGACGGAGGUGAGGGCGGUGCUGGCGUGUGUGCUGCGGGAGUUUGAUAUCCAGGACUGCUAUGGCGAGAUUGACGCGGGCAAGAAGAUUGAUUUGAGCGGAUUGGGGGGCCAGAGGGUUUUCAUGGUGGAGGCGGGGGCUGCGCAUCCUACUGAUGGGUAUCCUUGUAGGGUGUCUUUGAGCGGCUAUCAGAAGGAGAGGUCUUGA